UAUCAAAAUCUUACUAUUUUAAGUAACUUCAAAUUCUGACUCAUUUUUUCCAUGUUCUUUGGACUUUCCGGUCGGUGCAAGUCUUUGUCAGUCUUAACCACUCCUUCAUUUCACACGUGCGAGUUUGGUUCAUCAAAUGAAACCCCCUUUUGUUGGAUUCAUCAGAAUACUUGGCUUUCUUGUUUUUGUCUCAGCUUUCUGUUGCAGUUCUUCUACCGAUGGAUGUACGAAAAUGCAGAAAACGUUAGCGAUCAUAAAGCCAGAUGGAUUGCUUGGUAACUACACAGAUGAUAUCAAGAGAACAAUUUUAGAAUAUGGUUUCAACAUUGUCAAGGAAAAGAUUGUUCAACUUGAUGACGCCACUGUUAAAAGAUUUUAUGCAGAGCACUCUUCAAAAAGCUUCUUUUCCAACCUUGUUAAAUACAUGACAAGUGGACCAGUGUUAAUCAUGAUUUUGGAAAAGAAUAAUGCUAUAGCUGAUUGGCGUGCUUUAAUGGGACCUACCGAUGCAAGCAACGCUAAGAUUACUCAUCCUCACAGCAUUAGAGCAAAAUGUGGAUUGGAUACUGAAAAAAACUGUGUUCAUGGUUCGGACUCUCCAAAAUCUGCACAACGAGAGAUACUAUUUUUCUUCGAAGAGCUCUCUGCAGAUGUAAUUACAGAACAUGAUGAAUUGUAGCUGGUGAAAGUUUGAAGCAGAAACACAACCUUUAUUUAUCAUAUAAUUAAUCUUAUACUUUCAGUUGAGAAUGUGAUUAUAGCAAGAACAAUGAAAUAUUAAUGAUAAGAACAUAAUUUAUGAAAUUUUGAUCCUAGAUUUUUGUA